GAACCAUAACCACACAAAUUCCAAAAAAAGAAAGAAAGUCUAAAUGAUGCUUCCAAGCAAGUCUGAUUGCAUUUCUGGUAUUAAAACCUUUUAUUUCACCUUCUUGGCUUCCCUCUUCCUACACACUCUUGCUUCUCCUACGCUACUACACUAUUGCCGCCAUGACCAGAUGGAUGCUCUUCUGGAGUUCAAAAACGAGUUUCCAGUAAACAAAUCCAACCCAACUCCUUAUGAUGUACCGUUAAGUUCAUGGAACAAGAGUAGUGACUGCUGUUCUUGGGAGGGUGUCAUGUGCAGUGUCAAAACUGGCAAGGUGAUAUCACUCAACCUUAGUUAUGUUCCUCUUCGCAACUCUUUGAAACCAAACAGUAGUCUUUUCAAACUCCAACAUCUCCGUAACCUGACCCUCAAGAACUGCUCUCUCUAUGGAGAGAUUCCUUCUUCACUAGGAAGCCUUUCCCGUCUCACUAAGCUUAAUCUUCUCAAUAAUAAUCUAGUAGGUCAAGUUCCAGCUUCAAUUGGGAACCUAGCCCAACUAAGAUACCUCGACCUUAGCCAAAACAAGUUAAGUGGGAAUAUUCCAAUUUCGUUUGUCAAUUUAACAAAUUUAUACCUAUUUUACAUCCACGACAAUUACUUCGAAUCCACGUUCCCAUUUAACAUGAGUGGUUUCCAAAAACUAAAGUAUUUUGGUGUGGGUGCAAACUCUUUUUCGGGGGUUUUUCCUACGUCCUUGCUCACGAUUCCUUCGUUGAUAUAUAUUAAUUUAGAGGGAAACCGAUUCACAGGACCUAUAGAUUUUAGGAAGACAUCACCCUCCAGUACCCUCAAGUAUCUCAACAUUGCUUAUAACAAAUUUGAUGGCCCAAUCCCUGAUUCUCUAUCUGAACUUAUAAACCUAGGAGAGAUAGAUCUUAGUUUCAAUAGGUUCAAUGGGUCAAUCCCAAGAUCUCUAGCAAAGUUAGACAACCUCUACUAUCUUGAUCUUUCCGGAAAUAAGUUGGAAGGACAAGUACCAAGCUGGUUAUGGAGAUUGAACGUGGUAAGGCUUUCUUACAACUCUUUCAACAGCUUUGAAAAUAAUUCACCAGAGCCAGCAGCUCCUAGCGAAACACAAGGCAUUGCACUGGAUCUUAGUUCCAACUCAUUCCAAGGACCAUUUCCCCACGAGAUAUGCAAGAUUACGUCCUUGUACAUUUUAGAUUUGUCCAACAAUAGGUUUAGUGGCACUAUCCCUUCGUGUUUCAGAAACUCCACUGGUUCUCUGAUGGAGGAGCUAUUGUUAGGUAACAACAUAUUAACUGGUGUUCAUCCGGACGUAUUUGCCAAUGCUACCAACUUAAAAGCAAUUGACAUUUCCAACAACAAUCUGGAGGGGAAACUUUCAAGAUCGUUGAUUAACUGCAGCUCUCUGAGGUUUCUCAACUUGCAAGGGAAUGGAUUCAAGGACGAGUUUCCAUCUUGGUUAGGCUCUCUGCCAACACUCAACGUCCUCCUCCUUCGUUCUAACCACUUCUACGGGCCGUUAACGUUAUAUCACCGCCAUAAUGUGUCCAUUGGGUUUCAAAGUUUAAGAGUCAUCGAUGUCUCACUUAACGACUUAAGUGGAGCCUUGCCGGAUUCCUAUUUCUCCACUUGGCGUGAAAUGAAGAAACCGGACGCAGAGUAUGACGACGCCUACAUGAAAGAUUCAGUAAUUGAUGCAAGUGUCUUUCAUUCCAUGCAAAUUGUGAAUAAAGGAGUGGAUACAAUAUUUAACAAGAUCCGAAGCGACUUCAUAUCUAUCGACUUUUCCGAAAAUAGUUUUUCUGGAAGUAUCCCUGAAUCUGUCGGACUGUUGAAGGGGUUACGCCUUCUCAACAUGUCAGGCAACACAUUCACAAGCAACGUACCCUCGUCAUUGGCGGACUUGGAGAAUCUUGAAGCAUUGGACCUAUCUCGCAACCAGCUGUCGGGACAGAUUCCUAGAGAACUUGGCAGGCUAUCCUUUUUGUCAGCCAUCAACUUCUCCCACAACCAUCUCGAAGGUCCGGUACCACGGAGCACACAGUUUCAAAGUCAGCCUUGUUCUUCGUUCGUGGACAAUCCCAAACUAUCUGGUCUCGAAGAUAUUUGCGGAGAAAAUCGUGUCCCGAUUACUACACCACAAGAAUCAAAAGAGUUGUUGAAAGCAGAAGAAAAGGGGGUGAACUGGAUAGCGGCAGCAAUCGCCUAUGGACCUGGUUUCUUCUGUGGAAUGGUGAUUGGACAUAUCUUUGCUACACACUACAAAUAUGAGUGGUUCAUGGUAAAGUUUAGCCGAAACAAGCCAAGAUCAGUUAUCAGAAGUACUCGCUAAGCCCAUCUCUUGCAAUGUGUUAGGCAAACGUGUUGGUAAUAUGAAUUUGUAUAAUAUGCCUUCUCCAAAACAAAACAAAAACAACUCGCUUGUGUUUGUGAUUUUAUGUUGUAUGUGUUUUGUAAUAAUGGUAACAUUUGGUGGUAUUUGAUUAUUAUA